GACUAAUUUCAAAAUCACUCUUAAGAAAGAAGAAAAUCUUAAGAGUCGAUAUUUUGAAAACCCUAAUUUGUCUCUGCACAAUUUUCAACGAAGAAUAAGAUUGAUCUUCUUCCUUUCUCCUCAGAGAUUUGAGUUUAUAUAUUUAGAACAGGGAUUUCUACUACUUAUCUUCAAUCAGUUCAAGUGUUAAAAGAGGAUUCAUAACCACAACAAUAAAUACUACUCUUAUUCUCUCAUAUUCAAUGAAGUUGAAGGAAACUGGAGUUUAGAGUUACAGAGAUUCUCAUCGUCAUUAUUACUUCCUUAGUUUCUUCUUAUUAAAGACUACACACGUGAGUUCUGUUUCUGUACUUCAUCAAUGGCGAAAAUGGUGAUUAUUAUCUCAAGGCGGUUGUUAAUGGCAGCAGCAAUAAUGGCGGCGUUGAUAUAUUCGUUUUCUCUAUUUUAUCCAGGUUUAUUGAAUCAACAAAACAACAUCAGAAGAAACUCAACUAAUGAUCAGAUGAUGAUGAAGAAACCAGAAGAAUUCCUUCAACCGUUUUCUGCUGUUCGGAGUCGUAAACUUCUUAAUACAGAUUUUUCAUCAGCUGCAGCACCAGCAUCUGAACAGGAAGAGAUGGUGGAGCCCAAUAGAAUAUGGGGAGAGAAAUGUUCCAAAUCAGACAUAAUUGUGAAUCAAGGUUCAACUUCUCCACUGCCAAAUGGUAUACCAACAUAUACAGUUGAGAUUAUGAAUGUGUGCGUUAGUGGUUGUGAUAUCUCUCGGAUUCAUCUCAGUUGCGGUUGGUUUAGUUCAGCUCGUCUCAUUAAUCCUAGACUCUUCAAGCGUAUUCGGUAUGAUGAUUGCAUUGUUAAUGAUGGUAAACCACUUCCUGAUGGUGCUACUCUCUCUUUCCAGUAUGCAAACACUUUCCGAUACCCUCUUUCUGUUUCCUCUGUCACCUGUUGAUGCACAUGGAGAUGUCUUUUGUUUGAACUCAGCCUCUCACUCACUCACUCAUUCAGUAUCUCAGUAUAUCUCUUCCAAUAAAUGCUCAAACCCUCAAAGUAGGCUAGUUUUUGUCAAUACAUUAGCUCUACUAACACGCUCCAUUAAUUACUAGAUAAUCAUCUGUCAUGAUCGUCAGGUUCUUGUUUUUAGUUUUGCUUGUGUUUUGCAAAUUUCCUUUUUGGGAUUUUCGGGUCUACUGUUGAAGUCUGCAGUGUUAUGCUAUGCUGUAAAAAGGAGACAUGUACAGAGCAGAGCUGCCAAAACUUUUACGCUGUUAGAGGUGGUCUGUGCAGUACUUUUGGUCGAGACAUUGCAUAGUACGGUUCUCACCAACCACCAUAAAUCGUACUACUUUUUGUAUGAGAGAGAGCAGAAACUCCAGAGAGUGUGAGUCUGUGAGAAAGAGGUUAUACACUCUUCUUUUUUUUGUUUAUUGUAUAUAGUCAUGCAGCUUAUGCUGGUAUAUGAGAGAAGAGAUUUUUAUCAUAGAGCAGUGGCUGAUCCGGUGGAUAUUAUUGAUCGUACAGUUAUAUACUGUUCUUCUUUUUGAAAUAUGAACGAGAAUAUCGAAAAAAAACAACAAAAAAAAUUGAAUGAAAAAUCA